AUGUCGGGCGAGGCGCCGAACCGGUCGCUCCCGAAGACGCCGGAGCGGCUCCUGUCCCUCCACAAGAAGUACCGCAAGGCCCGCGCGUCGCCCGACGAGGACCCGCCGCAGCCCGGGGCCGUGGACCCGCCCAGGCCGCUGAGCUUCCCCGAGGCCUACGAGCGGGCGGAGCAGGCGGGCGCCGGCGAGAACACGCCCGGCGGCACCUUCGAGCCGCGGUCGCCGCGCCUCGGGGCCGCGCGUCGGCCCGCGUCGCGCCGCCGCGCGGCCGGCCCCGCACGCCGCCCCCCCCCCCGCGCGCAGGUGACGCGGUUCCUGCGCGGCGUGCCCGCCAAGGAGAUCACGAAGCUCUACGACGAGUCCGCCGGCGACGACGCCGACGCGCCGCCGCCGCCGCCGCCGCCGCCCGAGCAGUCGCCGGCGCCGUCGCCGCGGCCCGCGGCCGCGGCCGUCGAGGGCACGUCGCUCGUCGGCCGCUGGAGCGCCCUGGGCGCCAUGGGCAGCUCCAACGGGGCGACGCCGCGCCGCCGGGCGCCGGAGCCCGCCGCGGCCGACGCGCGGUCGCGUUCCGCGGAUUUGCCGCGCGCGUUUUACCUCCUCGACGGCGCGAAGACCUGCUUGCGGUCCCGGAGCGACUUCUCCGUGGGCGACGCCCUCGAGGCCGCGGCGCUGGCGCUGAACAUCGCCCCCGCGAUGACGCGCUACCUCGCCUUCCACGCGGCGACGGCCGAGGGCGUCGUCGACGCGUCGCCGCUUGCCGACGGCUCCGCCGCUCGCGCGGACGUGGCGCGCGCGGGCAAGGCGCCCGGAAGGCUCGUCCUGCUCGUGCGGCUCUGGACCGACGAGCUGCGGCGCUGCGUCAUGUCCGCGGCGGCCGACGACGGCGGGAUUACGCGGCUGGCCUACGUGCAGGCGCGCGCGUGCGUCAUGAUGGACCUCUGGCCCUGCCCGCUCGAGGACGCGGCCCUGGUCGCCGCCGUGCAGCUCAGCGGUUUGAUGCUCUCGCGGCGGCCCGACGCGGCGCCCGCGGCGGCGGGCGGCGGCGGCACGGACGCGCGCUACGAGCAGGCGGCGGAGGCACGCGCGUCCGCGGCGCCGCCGCUGAGCCUCGCGCGCGACGGCACGGCGGGCGCGCCGCCGCUGGACGUCGGCGAGUCGCCGCGGCCGCGGCUCACGCCGUCCGUGUCUUUGGUGCGGUCCAAGUUGGGGAGCUUAUUACCCGAGCGCGUGUUGAAGAGCCGCGAGUCGGGCGAGUGGGAAUUGGACGUGCUCGUGGAGCUCGGCUUCCGCCUCAACGACCCCCACGCGUCGGCGGCGUCGGACUAUUUGGCAAUCGUCGAGACCUGGGACUCCUUCGGCACCGUCGCGUUCUCGGGCUACGUCUUGAGCCCAAAAUUGGGCGACGCGGCGCCCGGCGGCAAGAAGCGGGGCCCGCGGGACAAGUGCGUCGUCUGCGUCGGCCGCGACGGCGUCCGCGUGCUGUCCACGGACCGGCUGCGCACGCUCGGCGUCUUAGCCGCGCGGCGCAUCGCGCGCUGGGUGCCGCGGCCCUGCACGGACGGCGACGGCGACGACGGCAAGGGCGCGUCCGAGCUCGUCUUCGAGUGGGCCCCGCCGAGCGAGGGCGACGACGCGGCGCGCGUGCGCUGCGUCUUCCGGCUCCAGGGCCGCGACGCCGCGCGCGACUGCUGCGCGCUGCUCGACGACUACGGCACGCUCGACGCUGCGCCGGAAUCAAACAGCGAGCUGGGUGAUCCCGACCAAACUUCGGAACUCUCGAGCUCGGUCACAUCGACGCUCGACUGGGCCGAGGACCCGCCUUCGCACAAGUACGUGCGGCCCGCGCUGCCGUCCGCGCCGCCGAAGCCGCCGGCCGACGGCGAGGCGCCGCCGCCGGAGGCCCCGCCGGCGCCGCCGGCCGUGGACACCGCGCGCUGCGCGGGCACGGACGAGGGCGCGGACCGAGACUUGGAGCGGUCGUCGACGCCGCCGCCGCCGGAGCGCGACGGCGGCGACGAGAACAGCGAGAAGCCCGCCGCGCCGGCGGCGGCGACGGAGCUCGCCGGGCGGCCGCCCCAGAAGAGCGUCGGCACGUACCUGAACAAUCUCUACGAUUCUUUGGUCUUCGCGAUCAUUCGUCCGCCGCGCUCCGUCUACGACGAGCGGCGGUUGGGGCCCACGUCCUUCGCCGUCGACGGCGCGGGCCGCUUCCACCGCCGCGACGUGCGCCUCCGGAACGUGCGCGGCGAGGAGCUGCGCUGCUCGCACUGGGUGCCGGAGGCCUACGGCGACGGCGGCGCGAAACGGCCGUGCGUGAUUUUCAUGCACGCGAACUCCGCCGCGCGCGUCCAGGCGCUCCACUACGUGAGUUUGGUGCUGUCGCUGGGCUGCACGUUCUUCUCCUUCGACUGCGCGGGCUCGGGCCUGAGCGACGGGACCUACGUGUCGCUCGGGUGGCGCGAGUCGCGGGAUCUGCACGUCGUCGCGCGCUAUGUAAGGCGCCUGGGCACGGUGUCGUCCCUCGGCGCCUGGGGCUGCUCCAUGGGCGCGGCGUCCAUCAUCUUCUAUCUCGCGGCGUCGGGCGACACGACGCACAUGGAGAAGCUCACGCGCGGCCGCGGCGCGGGCGCGUCGUCGCUGCUGAAGAAGCGGAAAGAUUCCGCGGCCGCGCCGGACGCGCGGGGCGCGCCGCGGCGCACGCUGAGCGACCAGCUCGCCGCCGCCGUCGUCGGCGAGGCGCCGCCGCCGGAGUCGCCGGCACCGCCGACGCCGAGCAAGGCGCCCGCGCCGCGCGGCGGCGACGCGGCGGCGCGCGUCGACGUCGAGCCGCUCGACGCCGUCGUCCUCGACAGCCCCUACAGCGACAUCCACCAGCUCGCCGUGGACCUGGCGUCGACGCGCCUCAUCGGCGGCUUCUCGACGCCCUGGGUCGUCACGCAGGCCGUGCUCCACUUCCUCGAGACGACGAUCCUCGAGACGGCGAAGUUCAACAUCUCGGACCUCAAGCCCAUCGACCACGUCGGCGACUGCGCGACGCCCGCGCUCUUCCUCCACGCCGAGGACGACUCCCUCGUGGGCAUCUCCCACAUGGAGGCGCUCGUGCGGAGCUACGGAGGGCCCCGCGCAGGGCAGCAAAAGAGAGCAAAAUUCCCAACUUCAAAGGCUCCUAUCUCGGCCGUUUUCCACUCGCCCCGCGUGCUCGCCAUGGUCGAGGGCACGCACUCGUCGCCGCGGUCGAAGCGCACGCUCGACUUCGUCGGCAAGUUCCUCUGCAAGCACAUGCGCAUCACGCCCGACGCCGACUUCGCCAGGAACUUCGCCCUCGAGCGCGUCGCGCCGGGUCCCCGGUCCGUCCCCUGGGUCCGCCACGACCACCGCCUCGUCAAGGUCAACGGCCUCGCCUACUCGCGCGGCGCCCGCGUCUCGCUCGAGAGCGACCACCACGCCGACGCGCCCGCGCCCAACUGA